AUGAAGCUUUCAACUAUUAUAUUAGCAUUAUCAACUACGGUAGCCACAGUCACAGCACUUGAUCUUACUGCCGCAUUUCAACAAUUCCAAUCGCAAAUAAAUGCCGCAACCGCAGGAGCUUCAGAUGCUUUAGCUUCCGCGAGAUCAGCACUUUCAGUUGCCCAAUCCGAAGCAUCCACCAAUGCACAGGCAGCUAGUGCAGCUUUGGAAUCGGCUCAAUCUGCAUUAUCUGUCCAAUUAGCUUCUGGCGAAUCAAAGGCUACUUCUGCAAAAUCGGAAGUAUCAGAGAAGGCAUCUUCAGUAAAGUCGGAAGUAUCUGCGGCUACUCAUACAGGUACUGAGACAAGUAAGGCUGAUGCCGCGGCUAUGACCUUGGGUAUUGCCGGUGUGGGUGGAUUGGCAGCUUUGGCUGGUAUUUUGAUGUUAUAG